UCAGUCCGCGCCGCGAUCUCCCACCGACUGGGAACCACUCGCGAGACGCCGCGAAAACUGCCGAACCAAUACACGUCGUCCGUGAAAAAUAUUUAAAAAUCGAACCACGAUACCGACGAUAUUCUUUAAAAAAAAAGAAAUUUAAAAAAUAAAGAAUGUCCGCGCUGGUUUCCCCAUAGAUAUUAUAACGUUGCCAUGUUUAGGGUGUUAGGGUAAGAGUGAUGUCCCUCGAGAGAUGCGGCCGGUUGUCAUCGCCGCCUGCCUGCUGCUCCUCGCGCCCAUCACCGAUUCCUGGUGGGCGUCUGGCAGUGCAGUGAUCCUGGACCCACGUAUGGUCUGCAAGAAGAACAGGCGCACCAAAGGACGUCUUGCACAAAUCUGCCGCAACGAGACUGGUCUACUUAAAGAGAUCACCAGGGGCGUCACCCUCGGGGCCACGGAGUGCGCCUACCAGUUCAGGAAUAGGAGGUGGAACUGCACCACGCAACGCCGCAGCAUGAGGAAGAUACUCAUGAGAGAUACCAGAGAGACGGGCUUUGUGAACGCUAUCACAGCAGCUGGGGUGACUUACUCGAUCACGAGGGCCUGCACUGCUGGAGCUCUUCUCGAAUGCUCUUGUGAAAAGGGAGUACCCAAGCCACGUCGCGGUCGUGGAUCCACUGUCGCGCUCCCCUCUUUUGCAGUUCCUACGGACCGGUGGCAAUGGGGAGGCUGCAGUGACAACGUACGCUUCGGACUCAAAAAGUCCAGGGAAUUCAUGGACAGCAGAUAUAGAAAGCGUAGCGACAUCAAAACUAUGAUAAAACUACAUAACCACAACGCUGGGAGGUUGGCAAUAAAGAACAAUAUGAAGGUGGAAUGCAAGUGUCACGGAUUGUCAGGCUCUUGCACGCUUCGAACAUGCUGGUUAAGGAUGCCGACUUUCAGACAAGUUGGUGAUAAGCUUCGAGAUAAAUUUGAAGGGGCCGCUAAGGUCAUAGCAAAUAACGACGGUGAUAGUUUUAUGCCUGAAAGUCCAAGCAUCAAGAGACCAGGCAAGAAGGACAUAAUUUACUCUGAAGAAUCACCUGAUUUCUGCAGUCUAAAUAUGAAGACUGGAUCUCUAGGCACUCACGGGCGCCAAUGCAACGUCAGCUCCGCAGGAACUGACAGUUGUGAUCAACUCUGCUGCCGCAGAGGCUACAAACAAACGACGGUCAAAGAGACUGAAAAUUGCAAUUGCCAAUUCAAAUGGUGUUGCGAAGUCAUAUGUGAAACAUGUUACGUCAAACGAGACAUACAAACGUGCCUUUAAUGUGAUAGAAAUUAUAUAAAAUGUUUAAUAUUAAACUACGAAAUAAAUUUGUAUAUUU